UGCGGAAUUAUCGAUAUGAAAGCGAUAGUCGGGAAAUGCUAAAUAUCAACAGACUUUCAUCCUUUGCCCUUCGGCAUUUGUAACAUCUUCUCAUCCCACACUCUGCUGACAUACUACAUCUUCGUUUCCCUAGUCUUUCCCCUCUGGUCCUGCUUUAUUGUUUCCACCUUUCAAGACUUCAUGAAGGGUAAAGACAUCUCUAUGGACGACUUCAACAAGAAGAAGCAGGUUUCACAUAUCCCAAAUUUACAACCCCACGACUCCUCGUCUUCUUCAACAGCAACACCAGCCUCGGACGAAGUCACCUUUGCGCAUCGCGAGCACGAGCAACAACAUCAGCGCACCAUGGAUCCCAAUCCGAACCCAUAUCCAUACCACCAGGAACAUGGUCCGCCCAUCGAUAACUCCCUCAAGUACGAAGCGGCGGAAGAAGAUUACCAACACCACAAAAACCUCUUGUGGUCCCGCAUCCGACACCAUCUGCGCGACCCAUUCGCCGAAUUCAUGGGAACAUUCAUCAUGAUCCUCUUCGGCGACGGUAGUGUCGCACAAGUCUUGCUCUCGAACAACGACAAACUCCCAACGUCCUCUCAAAACAAGGGUGACUAUCAAAGUAUCUCCUGGGGAUGGGGCAUCGGCGUGAUGCUAGGAGUCUAUGUCGCAGGCUGUGCAGGAGGCCAUUUGAACCCCGCCAUAACAUUCGUCAACUGCCUCUACCGCAAGUUCCCCUGGUGGAAGUUCCCAAUAUACGCCUCCGCCCAAGUUCUGGGGUGCUUCUGUGGUGCGGCCGUCAUCUAUGGCAACUACAAAUCCGCCAUUGACGUGUACGAAGGCGGCGCCAACAUCCGUACCGUCUCGGGCGACCAUGCGACCGCCGGGGUGUUUUGCACAUACCCUCAACCUUUCCUCACCAAAACAGGCCAAUUCUUCUCCGAAAUCGUCUCGUCCACGGUCCUAGUCUUUGUGAUUUUCGCGCUCAAAGACGACGCCAAUCUCGGGUCUGCAGAUCUUACGCCCAUCGCGCUAUUCUUCUUGAUCUUCGGUAUCGGCGCUUGUCUAGGCUGGGAGACAGGAUAUGCCAUUAACUUGGCUCGGGAUUUCGGACCCAGACUAUUCACGUACUUCGUCGGCUAUGGGUCGGAAGUCUGGAGUGCCGGGGGUUAUUAUUUCUGGAUUCCUAUGAUUGCACCUUUUAUCGGAUGUACUUUUGGAGGCUUCCUGUACGAUACCCUCAUUUAUACUGGUGAAUCACCGAUGAAUACUCCAUGGUUGGGCUUGAAGCGUGUCGUCCGUCCGUCGAAAAAGGGAAUCAAGGAGGCUAUUACCGGUCGGCCUCAGAAGGAUGUAUGAGUCCUCGGCUAAAACUUGUGAUGAUGAUGAAUCUGUAUCAAUAUUGUGCCUGGUGUCGUCAGGCCUGUACAAUAUUCUCAACUGAAAAUAAUGUGUUAUAUUGAGAGAUUCGAGAUUUGAUGGUGAUGGAAAAUAGUACACCAGGCCGGAUAUGAGUGUCCCUACUAUGCUGCGCAGAACGUAUCCCCAUGCAUAUGCUAGGAUAUGUGGAGUGGCAAGGUUGAGA